AGGGAGGGGACACAGCUGUGCUGCCAGGAAGCCUCGUGCCACCCGUGGGAGGCUGCUGCCGGGUGCUGACUGCUGCUUUUCCCUCUUCCCUUUUUUCAGACAGAAAUUGCUAAAAGACUGAACACGAUUUUAGCCCAGAUCAUGCCUUUUCUGUCACAAGAGCACCAACAGCAGGUGGCCCAGGCUGUUGAACGUGCCAAGCAAGUGACAAUGACGGAGUUGAAUGCUAUCAUCGGGGCAUCCAGCGGGGCCGCUCCCGGCGCCAGCGGGGCCGUCCCUUCCCGGGGCGUCCCUUCCUGUCCCUCUGCCCCGCUGCCUCCCGGCUCACUGGUGCUUUCGUUGCAGCAGCAGCAGCUCCAGGCCCAGCACCUGUCCCACGCCGCCCACGGCCCCCCGGUCCAGCUGCCGCCGCACCCCUCGGGGCUCCAGCCGCCCGGGAUCCCACCGGUCACCGGCACCAGCUCGGGGCUGCUGGCGCUCGGCGCCCUGGGCAGCCAGGCACACCUGGCCGUCAAGGACGAGAAGAACCACCACGACCUGGACCACAGAGAGCGAGACUCAAGUGCAAAUAAUUCCGUGUCCCCCUCGGAGAGCCUGCGGGCCAGCGAGAAGCACCGGAGCUCCACGGACUACAGCAUCGACUCCAAGAAGAGGAAAGCGGAGGAGAAGGACAGCAUGAGCCGAUAUGACAGCGAUGGUGACAAGAGCGAUGACCUGGUGGUGGAUGUCUCCAAUGAGGACCCUGCCACGCCCCGGGUGAGCCCGGCCCAUUCCCCCCCGGAGAACGGCCUGGACAAAGCCCGUGGGCUGAAGAAGGGCGACGCUCCCAACAGCCCGGCCUCGGUGGCCUCCUCCAGCAGCACUCCCUCCUCCAAGACCAAGGACCUGGGCCACAACGACAAAUCCUCCACGCCCGGCCUCAAGUCCAACACUCCGACGCCCAGGAACGACGCUCCCACCCCGGGCACCAGCAGCACCCCGGGGCUGCGGCCCAUGCCUGGCAAACCCAGCGGCAUGGACCCCCUGGCCUCGGCCCUGCGGACGCCCAUCUCCAUCGCGGGCUCCUACGCGGCGCCCUUUGCCAUGAUGGGGCACCACGAGAUGAACGGGUCCCUGACGAGCCCCGGCGCCUACGCGGGGCUGCACAACCUCCCCCCGCAGAUGAGCGCCGCUGCCGCCGCCGCCGCCGCCUACGGCCGGUCGCCAAUGGUGAGCUUUGGAGCUGUCGGGUUUGACCCUCACCCACCCAUGCGAGCCCCAGGCCUGCCCUCCAGCCUGGCGUCCAUCCCCGGAGGGAAACCGGCCUACUCGUUCCACGUGAGCGCGGACGGGCAGAUGCAGCCGGUGCCGUUCCCGCACGACGCGCUGGCGGGGCCGGGCAUCCCGCGGCACGCGCGGCAGAUCAACACGCUGAGCCACGGCGAGGUGGUGUGCGCCGUCACCAUCAGCAACCCCACCCGCCACGUCUACACCGGCGGCAAGGGCUGCGUCAAGAUCUGGGACAUCAGCCAGCCCGGCAGCAAGAGCCCCAUCUCACAGCUGGACUGCCUGAACAGGGAUAACUACAUCCGCUCCUGCAAGCUGCUGCCGGACGGCCGCACGCUGAUCGUGGGGGGCGAGGCCAGCACCCUGACCAUCUGGGACCUGGCGUCGCCCACGCCGCGCAUCAAGGCCGAGCUGACGUCCUCGGCGCCCGCCUGCUACGCGCUGGCCAUCAGCCCCGACGCCAAGGUGUGCUUCUCGUGCUGCAGCGACGGCAACAUCGCCGUCUGGGACCUGCACAACCAGACCCUCGUCAGGCAAUUCCAAGGGCACACGGACGGGGCCAGCUGCAUAGACAUCUCCCACGACGGUACGAAGCUGUGGACGGGGGGCCUGGACAACACGGUGCGCUCCUGGGACCUGCGGGAAGGGCGGCAGCUGCAGCAGCACGACUUCACCUCCCAGAUCUUCUCUCUGGGAUACUGCCCGACGGGCGAGUGGCUGGCGGUGGGCAUGGAGAGCAGCAACGUGGAGGUGCUGCACCACACCAAGCCCGACAAGUACCAGCUGCACCUGCACGAGAGCUGCGUGCUCUCCCUCAAAUUCGCCUACUGCGGGAAGUGGUUUGUGAGCACUGGGAAGGACAACCUGCUCAACGCCUGGAGGACGCCCUACGGAGCCAGCAUCUUCCAGUCCAAGGAAUCCUCGUCCGUGCUGAGCUGUGACAUCUCUGCGGAUGACAAGUACAUUGUCACGGGCUCUGGGGACAAGAAGGCCACGGUCUACGAGGUCAUCUACUGAUCCUGGGAUGUGCAUCCCUCGGGAAUGCUCCGGGAAUGCCCAGGGGAGGCCCCGGGCCCGGCCCAGCUCCGCCCGGCACCCGCCACACUCGGAUUUAUUUGGAGAUCUGCAACUCUGGCACACAUGGAAGCCCUACACGGAUUUUUAUUUGGUUUUAAGGUUUUGGAGUUCCUUCUGAUUUUUUUUUUUUUUUUUGGUUUUCCGGUUCUUUCCGUCUGGCUUUGGUGGCACUAUAAAGGACUCCUUUUUUAUUGGGACUUUUUUUUUGUGCAUCCUGCAUAAGACUUGUGAAAAAUGUAAAUACUGGACUAGGAAAUAGCGUGGGAAGGGGGGACCCUCCCAGUACACUUAGCUGUGUAUUUUUGUCUGCUGUAAUUGUAUUCCACUGAUGGUUUUGGUGGUGGCAAUUUUAUUCUGGGGUUUUUUUUUGGUUGGUUUUAUUUUUUUGUUGUUGUUGUUGUUUUUUUGGGGGGUUUUUUCCCCCCCUUUUCCUUCCCCCCUCCGGGAGUGUCCGUGGGGACUUUGCCAUCCAGGCUGAGCAGAGAUGUCCACUGGUGAAAAGUUGUUCCUCCUGUCGUGCGUGGUGUGUUAGUGAUGGUGGGGAAUCGCUGGGAUCCUCAGCUACUGACGGGACAUCAACACAAUCACCUUGGGGGUUGUUUUUUAUAGAUGGAUUUAUGGAUUCACCCUUUUUUCUUUUUUUUUUUUUGUUUUUUUUGUGUUUUUUUCCCCAUGCUUGGAUGUUUGAAGAAAAGGGGAAGCCCACGCAAGCCCUUCUUGGUCUUCGGACAGAAGCAAAUGAGGAGUGAUUUCAAAGAAAGCUUAGAAAAUUCAGCUCAGGGAGCCACGAAAGAUAAUAGCAAACUUAUGUGUUUUGUAUUCAAAUGAAAGUAAAGAAUUAGAAUUGAUAACCUUGAAAAAAAAAAAAAAAAGACAAAAAAAAAAAAAUACAGUUUUUUUUAAAAGCGAAAAGUUUACUAACAAGUAGGGUUUGUGUGUGGUGGGGGGCUGUUUGUGGUCCUUGUGGGCUUUAUGGUCUUGUGUCUUCUGGUUUUAUGGAGCAACUCCCUCCCCCCACAGGCCUUUUGUACUAAAGGGUUCCAAAAAGGACAAAAAAAAAAAAAAGACAAAAAAAAAAAAAAAGCCAAGAACGAAGACCUAACGGGAAAAUAAAAGUAUUUGUGUAGCAGAAGUGCUCACCUGUAUCGUAGCACACGGCAGAGGAUUUUUAUACCACAUUUUUAUGGAUUAUUUUUGGCGAGUUGGAUCUGGUCCAAAAGGUAAAAAAAAAAAAAAAAACAACAAAUGUUUUUUUGUGUCGAGGGGUUGAGGGGAGACCGGUUUGGAGAGGGGGGAGAGGAGGAGGGCGAGGAGGGAGCUGGAAUUGCAGCCUUCCCAGGAGCUCCGUGCCAUCCCAUCCCUCCGGCUGCUCCCGGGGCGGGAGGAGGAGGAGAGCUCUCCUGGUGCUCCCAUCGGAAUGAGAGGGUUCUGGGCUGAGCUGAGGGAAUGUCCCAGGCCGGGCUGGCUCCGUGGGAAGGUUGGGAUCGCUUUGGGAUCCGAGGAAGGAAAAGUUCUCUAGAGCUGCUGUUAGGGAAAGGCGUUUGAGGGUGGUCUGGCUCAGAUUAACCACUGCCCCUGGGGCCAGCAGCGCCCUGGAGGGGCCCUGGGGUGCUUUGGGGUCGGAUUUUGGGAUCUGUGGGGGGCAGCUCUGCCCCUUGCUGCACCCUGACCCUGGGCACAGCAUUCCCGGCUCCGUGGCCUUGGGAGCGCCGCGCUCCGCACGGAGGGGGCUGUGCUGGGAAGGGCUGGGGGGCUCUGCCCUGUCCCCAGGGCCCCCCCCGGCAGUGGGGACACCCCCAGCUGGUGUCCCCCGGGCUCCCAGGGGGCUGCAGCUCGGCUGCUUGGUUUUUCUCCCCGGAAUGGCAGGAGGGAAAUGCAGGAAUUGCGCGUUCCGGAGCUGCCCGGAGCCGGGCUCCCAACUUCACACCAAAGUAUGUAGCAGAAUCUGUACAGCUGUUAAUAACUACCACUGGUUUUUUGUAAAAAAGGGCCAAAAAGAGAAAAAAAAAAGAAUAAAAAGUCAAUGUACUGAAGCUCAA